UUACUAAUUUAUUUCCAGCUGAUAAACCUAGCACUCCCUCGUGGCAAAAACCAACAAAACCGUCCUACCGACCCCCGAGUACCACCAACCAUUGGCAAACUAAAACCACGACUAGUACCACAACCAGGCCAACUUAUAGUACCACCGUGUCACAAUUGACUGAUGAUAAGUGUGACUCAGGCCAGUACUACCCACAUGAGUCAUGUUCAAGCUUCUACGUUUGUGUUAAUGGACACUUGGUACCACAGAAUUGUGCCCCUGGACUUCACUACAACCCUGAACAACACAUGUGUGACUGGAAGUACAAAGUCAAAUGUCUUGGUCGCAAACAACUGGCCCAGAAGUACCAACUCCCCAAAAUGGGGGGACCACAACCAUACUCUGCUUGUAGCGAAAAUGCCUUUGCUGCGUACCCCGGGGAUUGUACCCGAUAUUUGCAUUGUCUUUGGGGCAAAUAUGAAGUGUUUAACUGUGCCCCUGGUUUACACUGGGAUAAUAAUAAAAACAUCUGUGAUUGGCCCGAGAAAGCCACUUGUGAUGGUACCAGCAACGUCAAUGUUGUGGAUAUUGUGACAACUGCCAAACCCGAGCAAACUACAAGUGUGACAAGUGGUACAAGUUGGAACCCGGGGAGUACCACCAGUUAUCCGGAAUGGCAACCCACGGAGUGGCACCCUCCCAUCCCCCCAACGUCCGAAAAACCACCACUUCCCGAAGAAUUGAAGCCACAAUCUGGGUACUUUAAAAUCGUUUGCUAUUUCACAAACUGGGCAUGGUACCGGAAAGGCCUAGGAAGGUACAUCCCAGAGGAUAUCGACCCAGAUCUCUGCACCCACAUUGUCUACGGUUUUGCCGUUUUAGAUUUCGAAAAUUUGAUAGUUAAAGCGCACGACUCGUGGGCCGACUUCGACAACCAAUUCUACAAACGUGUCACUGGCUACAAAGCGAAAGGAAUCAAAGUGUCCCUUGCUUUGGGUGGCUGGAACGACUCCCAAGGCGACAAGUACUCCCGCUUGGUCAACAACCCCGCCGCACGUGCCAGAUUCAUCAAACACGUGUUAGAAUUUCUGGAAAAGUGGAACUUUGACGGCCUUGAUUUGGAUUGGGAGUACCCGAAAUGCUGGCAAGUGGAUUGUAAAAAAGGCCCAGAUUCGGACAAACAAGCCUUUGCUGCGUGGGUCACCGAAUUGAAGCAAGCCUUCAAACCUAAAGGCUAUCUUCUAUCAGCUGCUGUUUCUCCAAGCAAGACUGUGAUAGAUGCAGGGUACGAUGUUCCAGUCCUGGCACAGAACCUAGAUUGGGUUGCUGUGAUGACGUACGACUUCCAUGGGCAAUGGGACAAGCAGACGGGGCAUGUAGCCCCCCUGUUCUACCAUCCAGACGAUGAAGUUGUCUUCUUUAAUGCGGUACGUUUUUUGGUACACUCGGGGAAAAAACUAUUCACCAGACUAACUAGUUCGGCAGGUAAUAUGCCGAAAGACCCUUAUUUAGGAAGUUGGUCCGGAUACACGUUUCUUCAAAACAGUCUUUUUCUGAAAAUUUCUUCAAUGGUGAUUGUAAUAAUUUGCAAAAUGACACUAAGAAAAUUUUAGAGAAAAAAAUGCAUGACCAUGUAUUCCAUUACCUUAACAAAAUUUUUGUGAUUUACUUUUAAUUUUAUUGACAAAUAGCUAGUUUCUUCCGUUUUUUUAUAUUUAUUUUUAUUACUUCUAAACAAAUCAAAAAACCCAAGAUGGUAAAUUUAAAGCCAUAAUAAUAAUAUA